GGCCAUCCGUGCGUCAAACUGCAAGAAAAAAAAAAAAAAAUAAGAUUGGUUUCACAUGCAAACUGUCAGGAGGAGAGGAAGAGCCGAUGGCAGCGAUGCAAACCCCCCAGCAGCACUAGUCCUACAGUCAGUCCUGCAUAUAAAUGGAGGAAAGGACUGUCAUCAGAUAAUUGGAGCUGCAGCUUCCAAGUUUGCUAAAGACUCUUGAGAAACCCAAGCCAGCCAUACGAGAUGUGAAUUUGCUGAAUGAAGAAUGAGAAACUCGAGUAACGACGUCAUCGCAGAGGACUGACCAGCGGCAUCAUUUCUCACAUAACCUUUUACGUUUGAGCGCCGCUCAUUCAGUCUCAUUCUGCUCCUCUGCCUCACACACCUUCGUCUUCCAGCUCUGCUGCCCAGCCCAGGCAGAGUGGACCCGUCCCUCUCCCCAGGCCUCGCGCCCUCCCAUCGGCGGCGGUGUGUUGGUGUACGAUGGCGCGGUGGGACGCUGAGGGCUGCCGCGGGGGACUGUGAUGUCAGAGCCCAACAGCCCGGGCGAGAGCCGGCGUGGCGCUCCCAGAUUCUUCGUGGGCUGCGAGGACGAUGAGAGCGAGGUCCUGGAAGACAGCAUGAGGACAGACAUGGAGCUAUAUGAGGACGACGAAGACACAGACUCGCCCCCGGAGCAACAGAUCGUGGUGGGGAUCUGCUGCAUGAUGAAGAAGUCCAAGUCUAAGCCAAUGACCCAGAUCCUGGAGAGGCUGUGCAGGUUUGAGUACAUCACUGUGGUCAUCUUCCCAGAGGACGUCAUCCUCAACGAGCCUGUGGACAAAUGGCCUCUGUGUGACUGCCUCAUCUCCUUCCACUCCAAGGGAUUCCCUCUGGAUAAGGCAGUGAGCUACGCCAAACUGAGAAACCCUCUGCUCAUCAAUGACCUGAACAUGCAGUACUACAUACAGGACAGGAGAGAGGUGUAUCGCAUCCUGCAGGAGGAAGGAAUAGAUCUACCACGUUAUGCUGUGCUGAACCGUGACCCAGAUAAACCAGAUGAGUGUAACCUGGUGGAAGGAGAAGACCAUGUGGAGGUGAACGGAGAGAUAUUCCAAAAGCCCUUUGUUGAGAAGCCUGUCUGCGCUGAGGACCACAACGUCUACAUCUACUACCCCACCUCUGCUGGUGGGGGCAGCCAGCGACUCUUCAGAAAGAUUGGGAGCCGGAGCAGUGUGUACUCGCCAGAGAGCAGUGUGAGGAAGACGGGCUCUUACAUCUAUGAGGAGUUCAUGCCAACAGAUGGCACUGAUGUUAAGGUGUACACUGUGGGGCCAGACUACGCUCAUGCUGAGGCUCGGAAGUCCCCCGCUCUGGACGGGAAGGUGGAGAGAGACAGCGAGGGGAAGGAGGUCCGCUACCCCGUCAUGCUGUCAGCCAUGGAGAAACUGGUGGCCCGCAAGGUCUGCCUAGCAUUCAAGCAAACUGUGUGUGGCUUCGAUCUUCUCCGAGCCAAUGGACACUCUUAUGUGUGUGAUGUCAACGGUUUCAGUUUCGUGAAGAACUCAAUGAAGUACUACGACGACUGUGCCAAGAUCCUCGGGAACAUCGUGAUGCGUGAGCUGGCUCCUCAGUUUCAGAUUCCUUGGUCCAUCCCUACCGAGGCAGAGGACAUCCCCAUUGUUCCCACUACAUCAGGGACCAUGAUGGAGCUACGUUGUGUCAUCGCUGUCAUCCGCCAUGGAGACAGAACGCCCAAACAGAAGAUGAAGAUGGAAGUUCGCAACCCCAUGUUCUUUGAUCUAUUUGAAAAAUAUGGAGGAUACAAAACUGGGAAAUUAAAGCUGAAGAAGCCGAAACAACUGCAGGAGGUGCUGGACAUCACACGGCAGUUGUUAGCAGAACUAGGACAGCACAACGACUGCGAGAUAGAAGAGAAGAAGUCCAAAUUGGAGCAGCUGAAGACUGUUCUAGAAAUGUAUGGCCACUUCUCGGGGAUCAACAGAAAAGUGCAACUAACUUACCUGCCCCAUGGGCAGCCCAAAACCUCAAGUGAGGAAGAAGACACACGUAAGGAAGGUCCGUCUCUGUUGCUGGUGCUGAAGUGGGGAGGAGAGCUGACUCCUGCUGGCAGAGUACAGGCUGAGGAGCUAGGAAGGGCCUUUCGCUGUAUGUACCCUGGAGGACAAGGAGACUACGCUGGCUUUCCAGGCUGUGGUUUACUGCGGUUACACAGCACCUACAGACAUGACCUGAAGAUAUAUGCGUCUGAUGAAGGCAGGGUGCAGAUGACGGCCGCAGCCUUCGCAAAGGGUUUGCUGGCUCUGGAAGGUGAGCUGACACCCAUCCUGGUGCAGAUGGUGAAGAGCGCCAACAUGAACGGGCUGCUGGACAACGACAGCGACUCGCUGAGCAGCUGCCAGCACCGAGUCAAGGCCCGACUACACGAGAUUCUGCAGAAGGACAGGGACUUCACAGACGAAGACUUCGACAGGCUGGCCCCGACCUGCAGUGCCUCUUUGGUUAAUUCAAUGAAGAUAGUCCAGAACCCAGUGGCCACAUGUGACCGGGUCUAUGCCCUCAUUCAGAGCCUCACCUCCCAGAUCCGCAAAAGGAUGGAGGACCCCAAGUCAGCUGACCUGCAGCUGUACCACAGUGAGACCCUGGAGUUGAUGUUGCAGCGGUGGUCCAAACUUGAGAGAGACUUCCGCAUGAAAAACGGCCGCUACGACAUCAGUAAAAUACCUGAUAUUUAUGACUGUGUGAAAUACGACGUCAUCCACAAUGCUACUCUGGGCCUGGAGGACACACUGGAGCUGUUCAGACUGUCGCGAGCUUUGGCUGACGUCGUCAUCCCACAGGAAUAUGGCAUAAAUAAAGUGGAGAAAUUGGACAUAGCAUACGCCUACUGCCUCCCACUGGUCAGAAAGAUCCAGCUUGACCUGCAGAGGACCCACGAGGAUGAGUCUGUCAACAAACUGCACCCUCUGUACUCCCGCGGAGUGAUGUCUCCUGGGCGCCAUGUCAGGACACGUUUAUAUUUCACCAGUGAGAGUCACGUCCACUCCCUGCUCAGCAUUUUCCGCUAUGGAGGCUUGCUCGAUGAGGAGAAGGACCAGCAGUGGAAGCGUGCCAUGGAUUACCUCAGUGCUGUCUCUGAACUCAACUACAUGACUCAGAUUGUCAUCAUGCUGUAUGAGGACAACAAUAAGGACAUUUCCUCUGAGGAACGCUUCCACGUAGAGCUUCACUUCAGCCCUGGUGUCAAAGGCGUUGAGGAGGAGGAGAACGCACCGACCGGUUUUGGCUUCAGGCCCGCUUCUGCAGAGGUAGCACGACAGAACGGGCAGAAACAGACGGACCCCGGCAGCCUGGAGGACCUCUCACGAGAUGAGACCGACCGCGCCGUGCCGCUGUCUGAGCCGAUCACCAUUCAGAGGAGGUCCCCACUCAUACGCAAUCAUAAGACAGGAUCCAUGGAGGUUCUGUCAGAGACAUCAUCCUCCAAAGUAGGCAGUUAUCGCCUCUUCUCGCUCUGCUCACGUCAGUCCCCUGAGAUGAAACAAAGUGGAUUAGGCUCUCAGUGCGCCGGGCUCUUCAGCACCACUGUCCUAGGUGGGUCCUCUAGCGCCCCUAACCUGCAGGACUACGCACGCGCACACCGCAAAAAAUUCUCCACUGGCAGUCUGUCCUACAAAGACGGAACACAAGAUGACACAUCCACCAUAGCAGUGGCUCCACCUCUCUGGUGCACUGCAAAAGAGCCCUUGGAGGAGCACCAUGUGGCCCAGUUGUUGAGGCGUUUCUCCACUGACCUCAGCCUGGGCUGCCACCUCUCUCUGGACGGGGCGCUGGCCCACCACCUCCACCAGUGCUCCUACCACCUCCGCCUCUUCCGAAACUGGCUCAUCUCCGGCCAAGACCCCCUAGAGUACCUCCACGGCUUCGAAGGCUGCUCCAUGGUGCCCUCCAUCUAUCCUCUGGAAACGCUGCACAACUCGCUGUCGCUAAAACAGGUCAACGAGUUCCUCGCCGGCGUGUGCGAGAGCGCAGGGGAUCCACACACGAGGACUACCAGAGCUCUGUCAGCCAUGUUUGAGACACACAACCAGCCGUCAGUGGACUCGUACAUCCCUCAGAGAGUCCUCACAUCUUCCAUCUCUCUCAGAUCUCGUUCUGACAGACCCCCUUGGUACAGCAGCGGUCCAUCCAGCACAGUAUCCAGCGCGGGGCCGUCCUCUCCCACUACAGCUGACACUUCCCCACGUUUCAGCUUCAGUGAUAAGAUAUCCCUCACCCCUCAGAGCAGCGAAGAAACUCACUCCUCGCAAAACAUUUCCACUCAGCCGGUGUCUGCCGCCGGGUCACAAGUCCUCGACCCAACUUGCACUGCUGUUGCAAACCCCGGUGAAGUUCCUCUGACUCCAAAUAACUCACCGGAGGAUGAUGCUGAGCAGUGCGCCAUUACUGGUCACCAGCCUGAUAAUCCUGAUUGCACACAGGAAGGGCCAGAGGGGGCUCCCGCAGCCGAUGAUGCUGCCAGCGGUGCAAUUUCAGAUCCCAGCCUGAGACCACCCUGCUCGGCGUUAGCUGAGCUCACUCUGGGCCGGAUGGAGGGUUACUGCCUCCCAGGCUCUCUGCCCGUGCUGCUGGAGCUCAGAGAGAGCAGCAGCGAGGCAGGAUCCAGCUCCCAGACUCCCCAGUCUCCUGAGGGACCUGACGAGUUCUUUGACACUCAGGAGUCGUUGGAGUUGUGGAUGGACAGUCCAGAAAGCCUCCCGAGUCCUGAGGCGCCUCUGGAGGUCGGAGCCACUCACACAGCAGAGCAGUAGGGCGGCGAGACCUCCAGAACAACAGGCUUCAGAUCUGUCAGAAACUACUGUGGUUACAUCUGUAACUCUACAAGCAUCAUCCUCAUCAAUCAUGAGCAGUAGGCAUUGUACUGAGCUACAGCCAACCAGGCCUCCCAUGUCCUCUCGAUGACUGUGUUGAGUAAUAGUCACUGGGCAGCUGGUCCUCACACUAGGCUCUGCGUUGGAGAAUUGUAUGACAAUGCCCCACAUGCUGUUCAUUGCCUUUUUAAAAAAGCACACUAGUGACCCACCAGUGACACCACUGAGCCUCCUCUGACAGUCCACUGGUUCAGUCCAUCUAUCUGUAAAGAUGUAGGAAGCCACUUGUUAUAAGGUGAAGCUUUAUUCUUAAAUUUAACAGCUGUGUUUCCGUCUCGUGUAUGCUGUUGCACAAGCCCUUUCCUUAAAGCUGCAUUAAUCGAUUUGUGGCCACUAGGGUGCAGAGACGCCUUGCAACCCAAAGCCCUGACCUGUUACUACCUUACUAAGCUGUUAUUGCUCAGAUUUUUAGAUAUCAAUUGCCUGGUUACACAUCCAGCAGA